UAAUAAAUUUACGCAUAGUUUGACUAAUUUAUGAUCUUUUAAAGUCACAUAAAAUCACAUUUCUGUGCAUAUUCAAAAAUACAUGUGAUAUUACAAUCUAAAUUCGGGGUAGAUGGGAAGAUCUGUCCAAAAUCCUUACAGUCAACCAAAACAACCAUUUCAUAUUUUAUUUUGUUUGAAUUAAGUCCGUGUAUAAAUCGGAAGGAAUCAUUCUGCUUGGAGAAGAGGGAAGCAAAACAAAUUAAGAGAAAACAGCGCAUUAUAGAGGAAAGUAAAGAUGGGAAGGUCUCCUGGUUGUGAUGAGAGUGGCCUCAAGAAAGGACCCUGGACCCCUGAAGAAGAUCAAAAACUUGUUGACUAUAUCCAAAAACAUGGCCAUGGAAGUUGGCGAGCUCUCCCAAAGCUUGCAGGUCUUAACAGAUGUGGCAAGAGCUGUAGGCUAAGGUGGACAAAUUACCUGAGGCCUGAUAUCAAGAGAGGAAAAUUUUCUCAAGAAGAAGAGCAAACAAUUCUGAAUCUUCACUCCGUUCUUGGAAACAAAUGGUCUGCUAUUGCCAGUCACCUCCCAGGCCGCACAGAUAAUGAAAUCAAGAAUUUUUGGAACACCCAUUUGAAGAAGAAGCUGAUACAGAUGGGUUUCGAUCCUAUGACACACCAACCAAGAACUGACCUACUUGCGAGCUUGCCUCAUCUUAUGGCCUUAUUGGACCUAAAAGACCUAAUGAACCAUCGUCUAUUAGACGAUCAUUCCAUGAGAUUACAGGCAGAAGCUGUUCAAUUAACUAAGCUUCAAUAUUUGCAGUAUCUUCUCCAAUCAGAAAAUUCAAUCGCCUCUAACUCUUAUGGCCAAAAUGGUAUUGCAGACGUGGAGAUUCUCAAUUUGUUAAAUCAAAUUCCUGCUAUCAAAGAAACCCCAUUCCUAAAUUCAUCACAGUUUGAGAAUCCAGCCUCAUCAUAUUUCUUUGGACUGGCUACCUCUCAACCACUCCACUAUUCAAAUCAAUUACCUCAAAUGUCUGACCCACAAGUCCUUUUCAACAAUCAACCAUCUUUGAAUAGUGAGAUUGGGCAAGCUGCAACUUUAACUACAAUGGUCAGCCAAGGAGAUAACAAUAAUAAUAUUGACCCAUCUGAUUCUUUAUGGGUACUUCCGUCUCCUACUUCUUCAAUUCCUCCAACUUUACCAGAGACUUCAAUGAGCAAUCCAGGGGAUGCUUUCAGCGCUGCUUCUAGCUCUGGUGGAGGAACUUAUUCCCAUUGGCCUGAAAUCUUUCUUGACGAUGAUUCUAUCAUGCAUGAAAUUUCCUAGCUACUGAUUAAUAUCUGAGAGGUUUUUGGAGUUGAUCCUUGUGUUUGAUUUUUUUAUGCUUGGAAUAACUAUAGAAUUUCUACACACACACACAUACAUACAUGUAUGCUUAACACACAUGCAUAUAUAUGCAUGUGCAUGCGUGUGCAUUUAUGUCUUAUACACAAGAAGAUAUACAUAUAUAUACAUAUCAUUGUACAUAGUCAUCAUGGAACUAGCUGCUUGAAAUUCUUGUUCCAUUCAAUAUAAGGAUUGUUGCGA